CCAUAGGUGUCCCCAAGGUGCCCUUAGCUACUGGGGGGUCCCCGGGGUACCUCAGCGUCUUCACGGGAGGUUCUCCAGGGUGUCCCCAUGUCCCCACAAGGGCUCUCCAGGGUGUCCUUAUACCCAUAGGUGUCCCCAAGGUCUUCUCAGCUACAGGGGGGUCCCCACAGUGUCCCCAUGUCCUGAGGAAGGGUCUCCAUGAUGUCCCCAAGGUGGCCUCAGUCACUUGAGGGUCCCCAUGGAUGGUGUCACCAUGAGGGGGUUCUCCAUGGUGUCUUUGUGUCCCCAUGGAUGGUGUCACCAUGAGGGGGUUCUCCAUGGUGUCUUUGUGUCCCCAUGGAUGGUGUCACCAUGAGGGGGUUCUCCAUGGUGUCUUUGUGUCCCCAUGGAUGGUGUCACCAUGAGGGGGUUCUCCAUGGUGUCUUUGUGUCCCCAUGGAUGGUGUCACCAUGAGGGGGUUCUCCAUGGUGUCUUUGUGUCCCCAUGGAUGGUGUCACCAUGAGGGGGUUCUCCAUGGUGUCCCCACACCCAUGGAUGUCCCCAAGGUGUUCCUGCUUAGUAGUUCUCCAUGGUGUCCCCAUGGAUGGUCUCCACGGUGUCCCCAAGAUGUUCCUCUCUACUGGGGGUCCUCCACCCCCUCCCCUCCGGUGCCCCCCAUCUUCGGGGACGCCCCUGAGGGGUCUGCCCCAUGUCCCUCCCCCAGGAUCUCCGACCGGGGUGGUGGGAUCCCCCAUGACCUCCUGGACAAGGUGACCGAGUACCACUUCAGCACGGCCGAGGCCAGCGCCCAGGCCCCCCGCUUGGGGGGUCCCUUCCGCAACCUCCUCGACCUCAGCAACAGCGGCCAGGCCGGCCCCAUGCACGGGUUCGGGUUCGGGUUGCCCACCUCGCGGGCCUACGCCGAGUACCUGGGGGGCUCGCUCUGCCUGCAGUCGCUGCAGGGGGUGGGCACCGACGUCUACCUGCGCCUGCGCCACAUCGACGGCAAGGGGGAGAGCUUCCGCAUCUAGGGGGCCCCCCACGGCGGGGUUCCCC